CUGCUGCUUUUGCUCCCGCCUCUCGCCAAACCCUCCCCCAUGUGAGCCUCCGUCCUGAACCGCUUCAUCCAACUGCUUCUUCGCACUCUUCAUCGUCGCCGCACUCCCUCUCUCUGCGCGACCCGCGCGCCCUACUUCCCCUCCCUUCGACCUUCGCUCGUGCUCAGCGCUACGCCGACUCCCCCCUCCCCCCUUCUCCAACCCGCCCCGUUCUAGGCCGGCUCUCGCGUCCCCGAUCGUCACUUCUUUUCUGCCGCUCCCCUUGGCUGUGAACUUCGCGCUCCUCACCUCCUGCUCCGCCGCAGCAGGCCACCGCCCUCCUCCUCAAUCGUCAUCGACUUUUGCCGCUCCCCCUUUUCGUCGAAUUGUCUGUCCGUCGAGAUGGCGGACAACAAUGCCGAGUCCAUUCAGCAGCGCAUUCAGAUAGCUCGUCGCGAUGCCGAAGCUCUCAAGGACCGAAUAAAGAGAAAGAAGGAUGAGCUCGCCGACACGACACUACGCGAAGUUGCCCGCCAGAGGGUCGACCAGCUUCCCCGCCUGACCAUGAAGACGAGGCGGACCCUCAAGGGCCAUCUUGCCAAAAUCUACGCCAUGCACUGGUCGACCGACAGGCGACACCUUGUCUCCGCCUCGCAAGACGGCAAGCUCAUCAUCUGGGAUGCCUACACCACCAACAAGGUGCACGCGAUACCUCUGCGCUCCUCGUGGGUCAUGACCUGUGCCUACUCGCCGAGCGGCAAUUUCGUAGCCUGCGGUGGUCUCGACAACAUCUGCUCCAUCUACAACCUGUCGUCGAGGGAAGGCCCGACACGCGUCGCGCGAGAGCUGUCCGGCCACUCUGGCUACCUCUCCUGCUGUCGCUUCAUCAACGACCGUCGAAUCCUCACCAGCUCCGGCGACAUGACCUGCGUGCUCUGGGAUGUCGAGACGGGCGGUAAGCUCCACGAGUUCGCUGACCACCUGGGCGACGUGAUGAGCUUGAGCAUCAACCCUCUCGACAACAACCAGUUCGUCUCUGGUGCAUGUGAUGCCUUUGCUAAGCUUUGGGACAUUCGGCAGCAGAGAUGCGUGCAGACCUUUGCCGCGCAUGAUUCUGACAUCAACGCCAUCCAAUACUUCCCCAACGGCAACGCCUUCGGUACUGGCUCAGACGACGCCUCCUGCAGGCUCUUUGAUAUCCGUGCUGAUCGCGAGCUUCAGAGCUACACGAUCGGCGAACCCGUUUGCGGCAUCACCUCUGUCGCCUUUUCCGUCUCGGGACGACUUCUAUUUGCUGGCUACGACGAUUUUGAAUGCAAGGUCUGGGAUGUUCUCCGUGGCGAACGUGUCGGCACGCUGCAAGGUCAUGACAAUCGUGUUAGCUGUCUAGGCGUGAGCCAGGAUGCGAUGAGCUUGUGCACAGGUUCAUGGGAUUCGAUGCUCCGUGUAUGGGCAUAAGCGACCUCAGGAACUCACAAACUUGUGAUGAGGUGAUAAGCGUGAUGUUAUUUCGGUUCCGUGCGGACAGCGUGUGUGCCGAUAAAGAUGAUAACCAUCAUCACGAUUACCCGACUGCGUGACUUAAAACUAUUCACUGCGGUGUUCUCUGUAUGAAGAUAUGGAUGCUGCGGACGCUCGAUCUCUCUCUCUCUCUCUCUCUUCAUGCUGAUCCUGGAAACACUUCGACAAGCUCAACACCAAUCUUACCCAUCAAAAACCCCACAACCGGCGUCUCUUUUUCUCCCCCCCCCC